AUGAAUUCUAAUCAUAAGGUUGAUUGUGAAUAUCCUGAACAUUAUUUGCUUGAUAUAGAAGAGGUAUUUAUUAAUAAUAUAAUUCAGAAGAAACCAGCAUAAUAAUAAUAGAAUUUAAUGCCUUUUAUACCUUAUGGAGUAAUUUCUAAUCUUGAGAACGAAGUGAAAAGAGUCAGAAGUUCAUUAGAUAUAAAAUAAGAGGAUAGACAAAUGAUAUAGAAUGAUUCAUAAGCAUCUUUAAAGGAUGAUGUUUUGUGUUUACAUAAUAUAAAAGGGAAUGUGAAGAAUGCUUAUAUAAAGAAAAUAAGUUCCCUUCUUAAUGUAAGCAUGGAAGAUGAUAAAGAAAAACUACUUCCUUCAAAAAGAGUGAAAGAAAACAUUUCUUCGAAUUCAUCAAAAUAAUUGGACAAUGAAGACUUAAAGAUGUUAAAAAAUAGAGAGAGUGCUAGAAAUUCAAGAUAAAGAAAGAAAUUGUAUAUUGGUUUAUUAGAGAAGAAGGUUGAAGAUUUAAAUGGAUAAAUUGAAGGACUCAGAUAAUAAACUGAAAUUACAUUUAGACAUAUUCAUAAUAUUAUUGAACAAAAUUCAUGUUUUAAAGGAAUGAUUAUAGAAUAAGCACAAAUAUUUGAUUAAUUGUAAAGUAAAGAUCCAGAAACAAGUGAGGGAUAAGAAAUGUAAGCUUUAUUAACAGAUUCAUACAAAUUGAAAUUUAGUGCCACAGGUUCAAAAAGAAAACAAUAUAUAAGAUAUUGCUUUUAGAAUGUAGCAAGAAUAUUAAUGGAUGGUAAUUAUGGAACUCUUCUUUUUGGAAGUAAUUGUCUUUCUAAAAAUUGUAAAAUUAUUAAAAUAUUAGUUCAGUUCAACUUCUUGAAGAUGAAGAAUUACAUGAGUAUAUAAAACUAUUCAAGGAAAUUACUGGAUGUAGUGAAGACAAAAUACAACAUACUAUUACCCAUAUUGUUAGACGAAUUCUAGAACAUAAAAGAUCAUUUUCAUAGUAAUAUGGAUUUUCUAUAUUUCUAGUUUAAUUAAAUAAAUGAAAUGUAAAUCCAAAGAUCUCAGGAUUUGUUAACAAUAAUUAGAUGAUUAGAUAGAUGAAAUGACAGGUUAAAUGACUCCUCAAUAAUUUACAUCCCUUCUUAUAAAUCUCAAUAAAGUAUUCUAUAUUUAUAUAACUUUAGGAUGAUUUCAAAAUCAAAGAAAAUUUACCAAAUACUAAACAAGACAUCUCAGCCUAAUAGUUAUAACAAUAAUAGUAAUAACAAUAACUUAUGAACUAAUAUAAGUUUUUGCCCUAAAUAUCUCUUGAGUUAUUACUUAACAAUAAGAAUACACCAUUUUUACUUCCUAAUAAUUUAAUGAUCGAUCCAUUGUAAUUCAAUGAAUUAAUUUAAAAGCAGUUUUGUAAAUAAGCAUGA